CCCAAUGUGGGUGCGCAUCACACCCACCCGCGCACUUUAAUCACAUAAACUAAUACUUGCUUAAAGUUAACACUUGUACUGUACACAUUAUUUAUACAUCUUCAUCACAUAUUUUAUUCUUUUAUUAUAUUUUUUAAACCUUCAUUCAUUUUUUGUGGUCGGCGAUUUGACGGAAUCUUCACAUUUUCCCCCUUUUUUCAAAACCCUAAUCUUGAAUUUCACUUUAAAAUUAUUAUUAAAAAUAAUAAUAAUAAUCCCCCAAUUUAUAUAAAGUUUGUAACUUUUGAUUUUUAUUUUAUUAAAUUUUUCACCCCACUUUCAUUUAUCUGAGAUCUGAAGCAAACUGCAACAUAUCCACCGACUGAUUUGAGAUCCAGAUAUGUAGUGAUUAAAGAUCCAAUUUUCAAUAGUUUUAAAGCAAGAUGGAUUGUAAUGUAGAAGAAGCAAUUAGGGCAAAACAGAGUGCAGAGAAGCUGUUUGCAGUUAAAGAUUUCGUGGGUGCGAAACAAUACGCGUUAAAAGCGCAAUCGAUCUGCCCGCAACUCGAAGGCGUGUCGCAAAUGGUGGCUACGUUCGAGAUAUUCGCCGCUGCACAGAAGAAAGUUAACGGUGAGAUCGAUCUGUACUCUGUUUUCGGAUUAACCCCGUCUGCCGAUCGGUCGGUUUUGAAGAAACAGUACAAGAAAUUGGCGGUUUUGCUGCAUCCGGAUAAGAAUAAGACAGUUGGUGUGGAUGAGGCGUUUAAGCUUGUUUCGGAGGCGUGGACUGUGUUAUCGGAUAGCUCGAAGAGAAACUGUUAUGAUGUGAGGAGAAAUAGUCAGUUUGUUGCGACGGUUUCGCAGUCUGUUAAACUCGAUACGUUUUGGACUGUUUGCACGUCGUGUCGUGUGCAGUACGAGUAUUUAAGGAAGUAUGUUAAUAAACGGCUUUCGUGUAAGAAUUGUCGCGGGGUUUUUGUUGCGGUUGAGACGGGGGCCGCUCCCGUGACGUAUUGCCCGUGGUCGUAUACUGCUGAGGGUAACGGGUAUGCGAAUCAUACGUAUGACGUUAAUUCUGGUAGUUAUAUACCAAACGGGUUAAACGGGUCGUCUGUUUUUCAUUCAAAUCAUGGGCCCGAAUAUACGGGCAAUUUAUCUUUUCAAUGGAGUAAUUCGACGGAUCGUAAUGUUGUUCAUAAACCGAAUGCGAGGCUCGGUAGACGUCCUAAGAAUAGAAGGGUUGAAGAAGUUAACGGGCCUCAGAACCCGAAUGGUGGAUUGAUGUUUAAAACCGACCCGAAUUCGGUGGUACCGAAUGGGAAUGUGAUUAAUGAGACAUCUACGCGUUGGUACCCGCCAGCCCCGGUUUUGGACGUUAGAAAGUUGUUAAUCGAUAAAGCCCGAUUGGUGAUUCGGUGUAAGUUAGAAGAAAUGAAACUAACUUCAAAGAACGGGAAAACGGUAAAUAAAACGAGCACGGGCCCGAUGCCGAUAACGGUUCCGGACCCGGAUUUUCAUGAUUUCGACACGGAUAGAUCGGAGGAAGUAUUCAAACCGAAGCAAAUAUGGGCUAUAUACGAUGAAGAAGACGGUAUGCCACGUCUUUACUGUCUGAUCCGCGAGGUCAUCUCGGUAAACCCGUUUCAAGUACACAUCAGUUACUUCAAUUCGAAAACCGACACCGAAUUCGGUUCUGUAAAAUGGAUCGAAUCCGGGUUCACUAAAUCAUGCGGAAGCUUCCGCGUCUUCCAUUCGGAUAUCGUUGACCAAGUCAACAUUUUUUCGCAUCUUUUGAGUCGGGAAAAGGCGGGCCGAGGCGGGUGUGUUAAAAUAUACCCGAAAAGUGGCGACGUUUGGGCCGUGUAUCGAAACUGGUCCGUUAACUGGAACCAAAAGACGCCGAAGGAAGUGAUACAUCAAUACGAAAUGGUCGAAAUUGUCGAUGAUUACUCCGAAGAACUCGGUGUCUGCGUAACACCAUUGGUGAAACUAGAAGGUUACAAAACAGUUUACCAGCGGGACGCAAACAAGAUCGCGUCCCGUUGGAUCCCGAGGCGGGAAAUGUUUCGGUUUUCACACCAAGUUCCGUCGUGUUUGCUCCGAGGUCAAGCGCUUAAUCUGCCGGAUGGGUGUUGGGAUCUUGACCCUGCUGCGACCCCCGAAGAGCUUCUUCGGGCCGCAAUGGAGGAAACAACAGGAGCUAAAAUGGAAGAUUGAUGAAUGAAGAGUUAGUAGUGUGUGUAAGAAUUGAAAUUUAGAUAGCUAAAAGGGAUCAUAAGAGGGUGAUCCUUUGAGAGUUUGGUUGAGCUUCUUGUAUCAAUCAUGUUUUAAUACUGAAUGCAUGUUAACACUUAGGGUUUUUUUUUU